AUGGGGCUGGUGCAGCUGAUCAUAGCACAGCCCGGUGGCAGAAGGCAAAUUCUUUUCUGCAUUCCCCUCAUGCUUCUGGAUCAAGUUUCAGUGAAGAUGAUGGCUUCCUCGUUGCGCCAAAUCUCCAGAGUCUCCACAUCGCUCCCUAGUUUACUCACAUUCUUCAUUAUUCUUUGCAUUUUGAAAGUGGAAUCAGCCCUGUUUACAGUUGUUGGACCUGAUCAACCAAUUACUGCCAUUGUGGGGGAAGAGAUCGUAUUGCCAUGCCACCUGUCCCCCAGCAUGAGCGCUGCGAACAUGGAAGUGAGGUGGUUCCGACCUGGGUCUACAAAUUAUGUUCAUCUGUACCGUGAUGGGAAAGAUCAGUUUGGACGACAGUUGCCAGAAUACAAGAGAAGGACAGCAUUUUGGAAGGAUGGCAUCACAGAUGGAAAUGUUUCCCUCACAACGCUCAAUAUCAGGCCUUCAGAUGAAGGGCAAUACACCUGCUUUGUUGAUGAUGGUAUUAUUUAUGAAGAAGCUGUAAUAGAACUGAAGGUCGCAGGUUUAGGCUCUAAUCCUAUCAUCUCUGUGGAGGAUUACCAGAAUGGGGGGAUCCUGGUGAUAUGUCGAUCAGCUGGGUGGUACCCAGAGCCCCAAGUGCUGUAGAGAAAUUCUCAGCAGCAUCAUAUACCAUCACUCUCUGAAAUAAAAUCCCAAAAAGAAAAUGGCCUGUUUGAAACAAAAAUUUCUGCUGUCAUGAAGGAAGAUUCAAACCAGAACUUGUCCUGUUGCAUCAGGAACAGCCUCCUCGACCGAGAGAAGGAAUCAGCAAUUCAUAUAUCAGCGCUGCUCCUCACGCUCCUGUUGUCUCCUUUCCCCGCAGAGGACGUGACUCUGGAUCCAGACACAGCUCAUCCCUACCUCGUCCUGUCUGAGGAUGGGAAAAGUGUUAGAAGGACACACACACGGCAGGAUCUGCCCGACAAUCCUGAGAGAUUUGACACGUGGCGCUGUGUGCUGGGCCGUGAGGGAUUCACCUCCGGGAGACACUGGUGGGAGGUGGAGGUGGGGGAGGGGGGAUGGUGGGCUGUGGGGGUGGCCAGAGAGUCUGUGAGCAGGAAGGGAGAAAUUAGCUUUAGCCCCGAGGAGGGGGUCUGGGCUGUGCGGCGCUACUGGGGUCACUACGAGGCUCUCACUGCUCCAUGUCAUACCUCCCUGCCCCUGGACCGGGUCCCCAGCAGGGUGGGGGUGUAUCUGGACUGCACGUUGGGGCGGGUGUCGUUUCUCGAUGCUGACACCGAGGCCCCGAUCUUGACCUUCCCGCCAGCCUCGUUCGCGGGGGGCAGGAUCCGGCCCUGGUUCUGGGUGGGGGAUGGUGAAAUCCAGCUCAGGCGGCGCCAGUGAGAGGGAAAGGA